GCACACGAUUUACGGGGCCAUACGCGCACGCACACCGGACGCAGCACGACGUGGUACGACCGCGCGACCACGACCGCGAGACCACGACACCGCGACACCGCGCGACGGACGGUUUCGUUUCGGCGGAUUUUCGUCGGUCGGGAAAAUAAUAUUAUAUUAUUAUAUAAAUAAUAUUAAUUCCAGUGUCGACGCACUGCAGGCGGAGACAUCCUCUCGUCGACGAUUUUUUAAUUUUUUUUUUUUAAAUAAAUAAAUAAUAGUAUAAUAUUCGAUCGCUUAAUCGCCGCUAUAAUAUUAUAUUAUUAUUGUACGGUUAUCCUCGCAUUUUCCCCGGCCCGUUUUCCGUUAGGUUCCCGAAGGUGCAGGUACUAUACACACACACACAUAUAUAUAUAAAUAUUUUUUUUUUAAUACGUUUUUCUCGUAAUCGUCGUGUGUUUUACCCGCCGGGCAAACCGCGACCCGUUAUUAUUGUUAUAAUAAUAAUAAAAUAUUUCGAAAAAAUAUCGAUUUCCCGAACAAACUCGCAACGGUCUUUUCCUCUAUAAUCGCCGUCGACACGUUAUCGCCGAGCGGUGUGUGUGCAGGUGGUGGUCGUUGUUUUAAAAAAAAUAAUAUACACUUUAACGUAUAUUAUUAUACUGUGAUAUUAUUAUCCAAAGGGAUAGGAUUAACGUACCUAUCGUCGUCGUAAGGCCGGCCGCGACUCUGUCCGAGGCGAUUGAUAUCCAAUCCGUCGAUGUUUAAACGAUUCGUACGUAACGAGAUGUCCGUCGUGAUUUUGUGCAGAACGCUGACCCGACGGCUGACGAAUUGAUGGCACCCGUCGGCCGCCAUGCUGCCCGUAUCCAUACAGAUGCGCAUCCUGUGGAUGUUCGCGAUGGGCACCGUGUUCGUGGUGCUGUUGCAGUACCAGACUUCCGGCGCCUGGUCCCCGCAACAGGGCCAGCCGGCCGCCCGGCCCGACACGUUGGCCGAGAACCUCGUGUCCAUGGCCAUGUCCAAGGUGGUGGUGGACGAGGGCGCGGGCGUCUCGCGGGACCUGCUGAUGGGCAUCACCCGGCAGAUCGCCAGGUACGUGGUGUACAGCGCCAGCUGCAGCGGCGUCGGCGGUAACGGCUUUGGCUUCGGCUUCGGCGGCGGCGGUUCCGGUUCCGGUGCGGCCGAACCGAACACCGUGUACGUCAUCACGCCCACGUACAGGCGGCCCGAACAGGUGGCCGACCUCACCAGGCUGGCUCAGACGCUCAUGCUGGUCAGGGACAUACACUGGCUGGUCGUCGAGGACUCCAACGCCAAAUCGCCGCAACUCGCCGUCCUGCUGCAGUCGUUCGGCGUCAGAUACAACCAUUUGAUCGCACCAAUGCCGGAAAGAUUUAAAAAAAUCCGUGGUGCCAAGCCCAAAGGUGUGGCCAAUCGAAAUCGAGGUCUAAAAUGGAUCCGACAGAAUGCCGUCGAAGGUGUAGUGUAUUUCGCCGACGAUGAUAACACUUAUGACGUCAGAUUGUUCAAUGAGAUGCGUAAUACGCAAAAAGUAUCCAUGUGGCCCGUAGGAUUAUGCACAAGGACUGGCCUAAGUACACCAAUUGUGAAGAAUGGCCAGUUAACUGGGUUUUACGAUGGCUGGAUCGCAGGCAGGAAGUUUCCAGUCGAUAUGGCAGGGUUUGCGGUUAGCGUCAAAUUUCUACUAGAAAGGCCCGAUGCUAAAAUGCCCUACAAACCAGGAUUCGAAGAAGAUGGGUUUUUAAGAACCUUAGCUCCUUUUGAACCUCAUCAAAUUGAAUUAAAAGCAGAUAAUUGUACCAAAAUACUGGUGUGGCACACUCAAACGAAGAAGAAUGAACCAUCGCUGAAAGUGGACAAAGAAAAAUACAAAAACACAAACAUACUUCGCUUAAAGGACAUCAUAGUCUGACACACUAAAGCCGUCAAAAAGGAUUUUCGUUGAAACCGUUUUUUUUUGUAUAUACCUAUGCCAUGUCGUGUGCACAUGCGAUUUGUUUUUGCCGUGAUCUGGGAUUUGCUCAAUCACGGUUUUUGAUUAGUAUAGUAUUCCCGGAUAUUAUGAUUUCAUCUUUCCUUUAUCUUUUUAUUGUUUGCUCCCUCAAUUUCUGUAGAUACGUAUAUUCGUAAUUUAAAUUACCUAUUGUUUAUAAGUUAUAUGUACAUAAUUAUUAUUUAUUAUUAUCAUUAUUAUUAUUAUAAAAUGUUAUUUUUUUAUUUUGUUAAUCGAUUUGUUUUCUCAAAAUACUAGUCAGCCGUGUUCCCUGUCAUAUAGCUCGAAAGAUUGGAUUGAGGGACACUCGGUCUUACGUUUAUUAAUGAGUAUUUUUAUUAUUAUUAUUAUUAUUUUGUAGUUUUCGAUAAAGCUGCUGUACCGAACUCGCACAUUAGUUGGAACGCCAAAAAAAAAAAAAAAAAAUUAUAGGAAAAAUAUGACAUUCGGCUGAUUAUUAUUUUUCUAAGUCUAUAUUCCAACAAACUUAAAAGGAAAAUUAACUUAUUUUAUGUAACUAUUUAUAUUAAGUUUAGCAUUUUUAGUUGCAAGAAUAUUUUUGUAAAACAAGAGUAGGUAUUGUUAUUAAAUCAUCAUAAUCAAUCAGUAUGAUCUGAUCUUAAAGACCAAACGACAGAAACAAGUAGGUGACCUAUGUACAAGUAGAUGUACCUGUACUGCAACUUUUGUGUAUUAUUGUGAUGUUUUUUCGACUACGUGCCGCAUAGACGAAUGUCAAACGUGCGAUAUAACUGAUAUAAAACAUACGUGUGAGUACAUAGUGACCGGGCACGAAUAAGAGAUAUCUGAAAGAAGCGAUUCGCAUAUAAGCAUAAUAUAUAUCACACAAUUUUCCCUAUACACUCUUCAUUUUAAUAAUACCAUCACAUAUUAUUAAAUUUAUCUUUUAUUUUUUCAGGCAUAAAACAUGUUCAAUAUAAAUGUUCAUAAAAAAAUUAGUGUUCUCCAAAAAUAUUUUCAUGUAUUUGUUCGUGUCAAAGGAAAGUCAGAGCCCAUUAACCUAUUCCCCCCAAGAAUCGCCUUAUAUAAUCCUAUGACUCCGAUAAAUCUUGUACCAAGCUUAUAAUCUAUUAUUGUAUACAUCUAACAAGUAGUCGAACGUUUAACUUUCUUGAUUGUACAUUUGUAUCUAUGGUGUGCUGUUUGGGAAUUUUAGUACAAUGCGUUUGAGCGGUUUUAAAUAUUGUAAUGAUAAUUUGUAGUACGAGCAAUCUAUGCAUUUUUCUUUUUUAAAAUUAUAUCAAUAAUUUAAUACCGUUAUGAACUAUUAGUUCCUUAAAACCUGGAUUAAUUUCUAGAAUUUGUUUAUUAAUUAUUUUAUUUGUCUUACAUAAUCUUCUUCGACUUUAACGGUAACUCUAACACAUGAAUGUUAUGAUUUUUAUAUUUCAUUCAAGGCUAUACAUGUUAUUAUUUGGUACUGUUCAUUAAAACUCUACAUUCACUCAGACACUUGCAUAAUUUACAUUUUCUGUCGAUACGCCGAUGAAAAGAUCCGUUUUUAAAUGGUUAGAUUCAAUAAAAAACAAAGUUGUCAAUCGAAAAAUAUCGUUUAUUUAUUUUUGUUGUAUAAAUAUUAUUAAUUUUAAGAUCCACAUUUAUGCCCGAUCACUACACGUAUGAAGGAAAUUUUUAAUAAUUCACUGAUAUAGUUUAUAAUAACAUAAUAACUUUGAUAACAUUUGAUUUAUCUAUAAAUUUUAGUCAAUAUUUCCGGUCACAAAAUAAAAUAGAUAAUACAAUUUUAUCAUAGCCGCUCAAAUGCAUAGGAUUCUCAACCAAAUACUUAAGUUCCAUACCGUAUAUGACCCCUAUUGAAACUUCAUAGGUACUUAUGUAAUUCUAUAUAAUAUUGCAAACAUUAUCAUAUUCUAAGUAAAAUAUUAAAAUACAUAGUACCUAAUAAUGAUCACUCUUGACGAGUAGUGUUUCUUUCUGCCUCAUUAGAAAACCAUCAUAAGUCACAACUACCAAGAACUUUUGUCCGACAACGAUAACACACCAGUUUACCGUUCAAAUGGUAUUGACAGCCAACCAUAAAACGUGUAUUUUUACCAAUUACUUUUUCGUUAAAAAUUGAUAAAUACAUUUUUUUACUCUUUUUUUAUCUACACAUUAUUUUUAUUACAACAAUAUGGAGCCGAAUAAGUUUAACGAAGAUAAAAAAUUCGAUAAUGCAGACUGCAGUAUAGCUUAUGCGUGACCCACAACAAAUACAUAAUAUUAUUUUUACGAUUACGUUUUGAAAAGUUCUUUAACUGUUUUACUAACGUUGACUUAAGGUAUCAUACCAAAACAUACUUAUACGUAUACGUUGCAUAAAAAUCAACGGUUUACGGUUGCUUUUAUUAUUGAUUCAUGUAUACUUUGACAGUUUAAAAUAUUUCAUUAAUUUCAAAGGGGAUGGAAAGAUUAUGGAUAAAAGAAAUUCGUCGAAUGGGGGUUAAAAUAUCGCCAACGCGAUCGAGUCAGCGGCUAAGAUAGACAUCAUCGUCCUAUGGCUUGUGACGUAUCCACUUAUUACUAAUCAACUAAAUCCUGAGUAUUCGAGGUAUAAUAAAAACUUACACAAAAUAUAAAAGCGGAGUACAGUUACCUACAGCAACGUUUAACAAAUGACAAUCGCGUUUAUAGACUUUUGUUUUAAAACACGACUGCACGUACUUUUUUUACGAUUUCAUUUCGUUAAAAAUUACUAGAACAAUAAAAAUAUAUUAUUUUCACUUGUUAAGAUUGUAAAACAGAGUUCGAGGAAUUCCCGCCACGAGUGAAUGUUCAAGUGUUCAUCGUUAUAAUACAUGUUCCCGAACUGAGAUUGUUGUAUUUUAUAUGCGACAGUCAACGUACGACGAUAGAUAAAAAAUAGAAAAAUGUUUACAAAAACGUAUAAAAAUCGCGACCGAGCAGCGCCAUCCGUUGCUAAUUUGUUCGAAACAAGAACGGUUGUAAAAGACUGCUAAUGAAAUAAAAGUACCAACCGCACUAUAUGACUGCCGAUCUUUCACAUUCGAUAAAAGGGCACGCUACGCCUACCUAGCUAACUUAAACAUUUUGGCAUAAGACGAUUUCGUAUACAAAUUAAAACGAUGGACGAUUGUAUUUGUGUAUAAUGUUCUAUGAAUGGUAGAUAAAAUUGGCCGAAACGUCUCUGUGUAAUAUAAGACAUAUUAUACUUUAUAUUACACUAUUCUUGAUUAUGUAGUGAUUGUUGGUCGUAAUUAUUCGUUUGGAAGUUAAUCAAAACAAUUUUAAUCUAUCAAUUAUUCGAAUUAAGUCUUAACGUGUAAUAAUUGAUAUAAUACCUACGCAACAAUUAUAUUAUCCUGAAAAUGUUAGUAGAAAAUAUUUAUCAAGUUUCUGGUACGUAACUCUAUAGGUACCUACUUUAAGUACUUAUGAAAAAUACUUAGUCGUUUAAAAAAAUAUAAAUAUUGGUGAUUUUAAAAUAAAUAGUUGCAACUUAAAUAGGUAGUUAUGAUUGCACGUGAUAGUUGAAAAUAUUUAGAUAUGUGUCUAUAACGAAUAGUAUAAUUACUAUUUUUAAAUGAUAGUCGGCUUAUCUACUUAUGUUGUAACUAAUUUAAACCUAUUAAAAUAGUAUACAUUAAUCACAACUGAAAUCAAAUCAUUUAUUUCGAAAAUUAUAAUUUAUAAUAAUCAAUGCAGUACCAGCUACAAUAGGUAGCUAAUUUCUAGAUUAUUUCGGGCGACCAAUUAUUAUUGAAAAAUAUUAUAAUAUUAUAUUGUACGAAACCCAACCAUCUAUAUAGUGGAUUAUAUUUUGAGUAACUAUUAAAACUUGUAUAAUUAUUAUUUAUAUUUCCACGCUUCAAUGUUUUUAUUUUUAUUUAAUUAUAUUGAUUUAUUUAUGUGUGAAUUUAUUUAUUUUUAUUUUUUAUUUUAAUUGUUACAUUUUUACAUCAUCAUUUUAAAACAUAUCCAAAAUUUUUUGACCAUAUCAUCAAAUUGUAAAACUUAUAAGUAACGACUAAAGUGUAUUUUAUUUUAUUUUAUUUUAUUAUUAUUACUAGGUGUAUAAUAUUUUUUUCCUAAACAUUGUUGUUUUAGUUAAUUGUUUAUUUUCAAAUAAUUUGUUAAGAACAUUUUACAUUGUACAAUUCAAAAUACAACAUUAUUUUGAUAUUAUAUAUAUUUAACUGACUCAAUAACAUUUAGAAAAAAUAAUAUAAUAUAAUAUCAUAUAUAAUUAUUAUUGUAAAAUAUAAUGUAGAUAAUAUCAUUUUUCAUGCAUUUCACAAUAGUUUUUAAAAAUGUAAGAUUAAUGUGAUAUUGGCACUCUAAAUAAUAUCUUUUGUUGUAUUUGCAAUUAAUUCUUAUUGAUAUAUCGUUUAUAAAGCACAAAUAUUAAGCAAACAGGGUGCCAUAAAAUAAACUUGAUAAAAGUUUUGCAUGUGAUAAUCUUAGAUGUUGUCAAUCGUCUUCGUCACACAACAUAUUUUUUUACACCUUUUUAUUGUUAUAUUAUACUUAAUAAUCGAAACUCGUAUUACUCAUUAUUUAAAAAAUAAAUACGAUUCCAGUAUUAGUGUUCAUUUCCAAUAAUAAUCCAAAUUCAACUAAAUAGCUUCUCUUGGCAAGGAUUUGGUUUGUUAAUAUCUAUAUAGUGUAGGUACCUAUUUUAUUUUUAAUAUAAUUGUUUAUCCAUUUUAUCCAUCAUCAUAGGAAUAAUUGAAAAUAUCGAUUUAAUGAUUAUGUUAACAAUAUUAAGUAUAUUUUAAGUUUAAAACUCAUCAAUAAAAAAACAUACUUUAAGCUACCUUUAUUCAUUGAAUUAUAUCAUGUAUUAGACUACACUUGAUAUUUAUAUAUUUAAAUUUAUCAUCAACACUUAAAAUUGUAUAACAUAUUUACCUAAAAAUAAUGAUGAUAAAUCUAUUUUGUAUUUUAUAACUAUUAAAAAAUUAUGAAUACUAUUGCUAAUAUUCAUUUAUAUGAAAAUAUUUUGAUUUUAAAAUUGACUUGCUUUGUUUAGCAUUUAUCAAAAAUCAAAUAAACUGCAUUUAAAUUAAAUUUAUUACUAUUAAAAUCAAAAUUUUUUUUUAUAUUCUUCGUAAAUGUUUCUAAACACCACACCAUAAUUUGUAAUUUUCAUCUUCCACGCAUAAAUAUGUAACCUAACAAAAACAUAUACCUUCAUCCAUAUAACAUACUAUAUAUAUAUAUGUUCAACUAAAUUAUACUAAUAAUUGUAAAAAGAUUUUAGAGCAAAAAUAAAAUUAAACUGCUUUUUAAGGGUGCUUAAUAGACUUAAUUAUUUUCAUCAGCGUUUUAAAUAUAUAUAAAUUAUUGUUUGAGAUGUUGGAAAAAUCGAAUGUUCAGCAUAUUACUUUAUUAAAGAGAAAAAAAAAUCAAACAGUUAAAUUCCAUGAAAAUAUUGUUUUUUUCGCUUUGAAUAUGCAUAAUAUUUUUCUGUUCUAAGAUAAUUUUACGAAUUGAUAUAAGCAUUCAGCGUAAACCUAUUUAAACGUAAUUUAAUAUGCGAGCAAUAUAAAUGAAAAAUCUUUAAGUAUCGUUCUCUAAAAUAAAUUGAAAUAAUCAAAUCGAUAUAAAAUUGAUUAAUCACUCAAACUUUCAAAGUAGAAAAAGCACUGAACUAUAAUUGUAUUUUCUUGAACAUACCUUUUGACGAUAUUAAUAAUUGUGCUAGUUAUUUAUUGUUUAAUGCGUUAUAGAGAUCAAUAAUUUAAAAUAAAUUAUUCAGUCCACGUAUUUAUUUGUUUAAAAGAUGAGUUUUAUUACAAAUCAAUAUUUUCAUAUUGUACGAUCACAAUAUACGUAAAUCAUUUAAUUAUUUAUCAACUAUUAACAAUGUUGUUGUACCAUUAAUCGUUUGUUAAUUUAAGUAUACUGUAUUGUAGGUUUGUAUGACGGAUAUAAUAUAUUGUACAAAACUACUAUAGGUAGGUACUAUACAAUAAAGUAACCGUGUAGAUAUAAGUAUAUAUUAUUAUAAUAUUAUAUACAUAUUUAUAAACAAUGACAAUUUUUUGUAAUUAUUUUUUUCUUACAUAACAUUUGUAUGGUUUCACUUAUAAACUUAUUGAAAUGGCAUACCUAUGUUGCCUUUGACUAGGCCCAAACAUAUAUUAUAAGAAUGAUUUUGUAAUGAACAAUAAUUUUUAAAUGAAAAAAAAAAACUCAAUAAACUUCCGCUUGAUAUAA